AUGGCCUCUACAAUCACCAGUACAGCCAGCACUACCGCUCGUCUGACGGCACCAACUGGAAGGCUUUUCUCUCAGGGAACCGAUGUUCAUUAUGGGGACUUCAGAGAUGAUCUUUUGAUCAACGGCUUUGCGGUGGUCAAAGACGCCGUUCCCCGCGAACGAGCGCUGCAAUACGCCAGCGAUGUCUACCAAUGGUUAGAGGAAUUUAACCUUGGAUUUGAUCGCAAUGAUCCCUCGACAAUUCACAAAGAUCAUCUCCCAGACAUCAACGAGAAGGGGAUGUGUCUAGGCUACGCAAUCUCGCAUGAGUCGUUUACAUGGGCCGUACGACAGGAGCCUGGUGUGGUCCAGGCAUUCGAGAAGGUCUACGACACAGAGGAUCUGAUUGUAUCUUUUGACUCGGUUAACAUCGGCUUCCCAAAUCGGAAAGAUGUCAAGCCCAACUCUCCCUGGCCGCAUCAGGAUCAAGAUCCCGAAAAGCCCGGAUUUCGUUGCUUGCAAGGUCUUGUCAAUCUGUUGCCAAACGGACCCAAGGAUGGAGGUUUAAUCGUCUGCAAGGGCGCGCAUUUACUCAGUGAAGAGUUCCAUGCUAACUUCAAGGAGGAGGAGAGAAUUUGGUCAUGGACAUCUGAAUGGUAUGGUUUUACCAAAGCCGGACAAGCUUGGUUGAAGGACCGCGGUUGUGAAUGGGUCAAGGUAGAAGCUGAGCCUGGUGACCUGCUUCUUUGGGACUCACGCACCCCUCACUACAAUGUUUCAUCUGAGACCUCGCAGGAUCGGUUCUGUGUUUACACUUGCUUUAUGCCCGUUGCAGAUGCAUCGAAAGAACAACUUGAGACCAAGAAGAUGGCCUUUGAAGAAACCAAAAUGACUACCCACUGGCCAAACGCAAUGCAUGUCGUGGAUCUGCCUGUUUACAGAAAUGGCGAGCUGGAUCCUCACAAUCGCUCGAAGCCUCGUCAUCCUGUUCAGCUUUCCGAGCGUGGAUUUAAAUUGACCGGUAUUCCAUAUCUCGAGCAAAGGGCCUGA